ACUUUUAGAUAUGUGAGCAUGACCUAGCAACAGGGGAAGUAACGCCAUUGCCAUUUAAUUGACAACUGUCGUCAACCACUUAAGACUUAAAGGUACUAGACUUUAGGGCCUACAUAUUUUUUACCAGUGUUAACAGAACAUAUGAUGGAGCCUCUAGAUCAUUUACCCCCAUUUUGUAGCAUGAUGCGGGGUGCAACAGGAGGUGCAGAACUAUGGGACCACACUAAUAAUGAGUUAAAGAUGCGCCAGUACGGGUGGCGCUGUACUACAAAUGAAGACCUGUACAGGACAGCUACUCUGGUUGGCAACUAUAAUGAAGAGAGAUUUGAUUUAAAAGAGAUAAAAAAGAACAAACCACUGCCAUCUCAGUAUGCACACUACUUUCAACCUACUUAUGCAGAAUCUUACAAUAAAUCUCCUUUACAUCGUUAUCCUGAGAAUCUUAAAAAGUUAAAACGCCGCCUACCUAACGCCUACUCUGUUCAUCAGCCAGAGCUGGACACUCCUGAAUACCAAGCCUACUGCAACAGCUGGCAGACCACACAUCGCACAGCUUACCUCCAUCCUCAGCUAAGACUGCAACCUAUUGUUGGUCCACCCGCUGAGAAACCCAAACCCUGUCUAUGAACUAACCAUCCAAUGAUGAACCUUACGUUACAUAAAAACCUCAUACAUUUAAGUUGCAAGUUUGUAACAAACAAUAUGCUGUUAUAAUUGAUUUUUGAAUUAUAUAUUUUAGAUAGAGCUACCCUGGGAAUCUUGCAAGAAUACUUUCCUGUUUCAAAAUUUUCCCAGUUCUCCGUCACCAGUAAAUAAAUAAUUUUUAAACAAUUUUAACAAUAAUUAAAAUAGCUUACAUUUAAGAAAAUGAAUGUGUUAAUUCUUUCCUGAUUAGGUUUGAACUACUGUACCGGAAGACUCCUGCAAUAAUAUGAAAUAUCUGAACAUAUUUGUUUGGAAAACUAUGAAGCAUAAAGAAGCUUUGCUUUUUUUUUUUUUUUUUUUUAAUUUUGAUAUGCAAAAUACUAAAAUGUGGUCAAAUUAAAAAACAUAAUACAGAUGAUAUUUUUUAUGCUCUGGACAUUUUUGAUGAAUCAAAUUUUAUUUAAAACAUAUAAGAUGUUCUAUUCAGUUUUGUGGUGAAAUCAAUUUAUUUAACUCUUUAAAUGUGUGGGUCACUCAAAGCAGGCAAUCAAUUACUGAAUGACUAUUGUUUUAUUUAUACCUGGAAAUAUUAAUACUAAUUCCUAGAAUUAACAUUACAUUCUAAUUAAUUUUGAUAUGAAUUUUAUUACCUAAACAGUUUUAUUGACAACUGAGAAAAACAAUGAUCAAAGAGCAAAAUUUUAAUUGCAAUGAGGUAAAAAAGCCAUGACUUUUCUGUGAUAUUUAUAGAUUAUUUGAUAUUGGAUUAGAUAUAAAUAUCGUAUAAGAAUAUUCUUUAGUUAAAUGUUUAAAAAAUAAUGAAAUGUAAUACAUAAAAGAUAUUUAGGGCUAACAUUAUGAUCUUCAUAAUCUGGUGUUGACAUAUUAUGUUUUAGUAAAACUUCUCAGCAUUUAACUUUCUAUGAUGCUUAAAGCAUUGCUGGAUUCAACAUAACAGAGUUAAAUAAUCUCAUGUAGCUUCAAAAAAGUUCUUAGACAAGAAAUGCCAGUCCCCUCAUCAGACCACAUUUCUUUGAUGCUUAAAGUAUCACUGGAUUCAACAUAACAGAGUUAAAUGAUCCCCUCUAGCUUUAGACACCAGUUCUUAGACACAGAAAAAGCAGCUCGCCACGUCAGGCAUCAGCAAGGUUUUUAGAAAGAUAUCAAUAUCAAGAGAACUUAAAGGCCAGUCCAUUCUUUUACAUUUUCUGUCCAGCUUUUCUUUGGAUGACGUAUCUUCAUGCCCUAUGCACUGUAACUUAACAGAUGACUUUUGACAAUGAGUCACCUUUUAAUAUAAGACAGAACCAGCUCAGCUUUCAUCUCUUCAUAGAUUGAGGAUUGAGCCAGAGUGUUGACUUAAAGUACAUAUUCCUUUGUCUUCUUUUCUUGGUAUGCUUUUCACACCAAAAGAUACUUGUAGAAACUUCAUUAACUUCAAAAAACGCUUUCGGUUGGGUUUGGCAAGUGAUAAUGGAUUCAAACAUAUAGUAUUAAACUUGAUGUUUUCUAACUUUUUCUGCCUCCUUUCUACACUUGGCAUGAUCUCUCUAUUCAGUCAGGGACCCCACUUUAUGACUACCAUGUUAUUGGUAUCAUUCUGCUUGAAAUGCAUGCAAUAUAAUGUUAAAGCAUAUUAUUUAUUUAGCAUGCACAGAAAUAUGCAAUUAUUUCAUCUGCCAAGGCUUUCACUGAAUGUUAUGCCAUUUUCUCCCAGCUGUUGGUAGUGAUGGCUCAGCAAAGUUUCAACAAAAUUAGUGAUGCACAAUUUCAUCACAACUAAACUUCUCAUUUGGCACUACACAUCAUUUCUCCAACAUUUAAUAUGCAUACUACAAGGGAUAUGUGACCAAGCAGAAUACCCAUUAGUAUUACAGUUUCAAAUUAUUUUUCUUUGAUAUAAUGUGCAGUAUUAAAUUGCAGUAUUACUUGUGUUGUAUUUUGGUUUAAAUACAUGUGAAUGUUGGUGUAUUUAUGGUGUAAUUUAGAUAUAGUGGUGAUUGUAUUCCUUACAGUAGCUAAUGACUGGAAUGAAUGAGAAAUGUUAUAUUUAGAAACAGUGGUGUAGCUAGCACUUAGUGUUUUGAGGGAUUGAAAUCCAAGACGUUUUAGAUAGAUAGCAAUGGCAGGGUAGAUGUAGUCCGAGUACUUAUAUCCUUACAUUACACUUAGUGUUUUCAGAAACAUUGUGGAAGAUUAAGAUUAUAUUUUACAAUUUAUUUUUUUAUUUUAUUUUAAACUUUACUUUAAUUGCAAAAUUAAAAAAAAAAAAAGCUGUCACCAGUGAAACAAGAAAUUUUUCUUUUAUUUUUUGAAAAUCUUUUUUUUUUAACAAAGCUCUGUCUGUCUGGUAAAAUCUUUGUUCACAUUUCUUCUCCCACACCCAAUCUCGGAUUAAGUUAAAAUUCUGCAAUUAUUUCAAGUACCUGAGCAAAAAGUCGAUACAAAAUAUUAAACAAUUAGUUAAUUAACUAUUGGUAAUUAAUUAUUUUGUUUAGUAUUGAACAGGGAAAGAUAUUAUACUUGACAGAUUUGGUGGUAUAAGUUGUAUUAGUCCCCUUGAGGAGGUUUGAGCCCUGAGUUUGAAUUCAAGUCAUACAACUUUUAUUUUUUAAUGCAUUUAGAAAGCAAUCACAGUAACAUUCACCAUGAUACCCCUUCUUUCCCUCUCCCUUUGCCACCUGGUCCAGACAAGUGAUAGGAUCAUAUUGCAUUGAAAAAGCUAAAAGCAUGAAAUUGCAUUAAACAAAAACAUUGGUAAAAGUAUUUCUAAUUGCACAGAUUUAUUAUUGUUAGUCAAGAUAUAUUACAAUUUUAAUUACAUGACUCAUCCCAGUUAAUUGAUAUAAUCACACUCAAUAUAAGCUUUUUUUUUUCCUUUAAAGUAUUUUUUUCUUAUUUAAAUAUUACAGAAAGCCUAAAAGCCUAUCUGAUUUAAAACAUAAAUGUGAAAUAUUUACUUUGAACAAAAUGGAUUAAAUUAACAUAUUUAAUA